ACUGUAAGUAUACGCACCGGAAGCACUAGCUACUUCCUUUCAUCAACAUCCUCGUAAAAACCGAAAGGAUGGCUCCUAGAAAGGGGAAAGUUCAGAAGACUGAGGAGCAGAUUACGCUCGGCCCACAGGUGAAGGAGGGCGAAAACGUGUUUGGUGUAGCACAUAUCUUCGCAAGCUUCAACGACACAUUUGUACAUGUCACUGACCUGUCUGGCAAGGAAACAAUUGCCCGUGUAACAGGAGGUAUGAAGGUAAAGGCUGACAGAGAUGAAGCCUCCCCCUAUGCCGCUAUGUUGGCCGCCCAGGAUGUGGCUGAGAAGUGUAAGAAUCUGGGAAUCACAGCUCUACACAUCAAACUGCGCGCCACUGGUGGUAACAGGACCAAGACCCCAGGACCCGGUGCCCAGUCGGCCCUGAGAGCUUUGGCCAGAUCCGGCAUGAAAAUUGGCAGGAUUGAGGAUGUAACCCCAAUCCCCUCGGACAGCACCAGGAGGAAGGGAGGUCGUCGUGGUCGCAGAUUGUAAAUGCUUUGUUUAUGUCCUGUAGCUACACUAAAUUAAAGAGAAAAACGAA